AUGAAAAGCGAAACUGAAAUAAUUAUUGCAGUUCAAGCUGAAUCAACAAGUGAUGAAGCAUCAAGUACAGCAUUGGAUUCCAAAUUACGCAUUACAACCGGUUACAACAUUCCGGAUAUUGUUCAACUUUAUAUGGAUGCUCUGGCAGCUGGAACUUUUUGCAUUCACUGUUCCGGACAUAUUGAGCAUGCAUCUACAAGUUUUGCAACACUUUUCGAUGAUACAGUAAAUUACUUUUAA